AUGUCUCUGUAUGAUGGGCUGGAUGUCGAGCAAGAGGUGAAGAAGGACCUGUACGCUGCCUCCACCUCUGGCACCGGGACCUCGGCUACAAAUCAGACGGCCCCCGAUCUCGCCACCACUGCCUCUCAGGGCACUGGAUCCAAUGCCGAGGAUGAUGCUGACAAGCGCAAAGCCGGUUGGGGCGUGGUGGGCAGUCACAUGUUUGCCGCCGAGAUUCAGCGCAAGCGACUUGCGGCCAAGGCUGCCGCCAAGGCGGCUGAAAUGCAGAAACAAAGCGAAUCCACGAACAGUGGCACGCCAUCCUUUGUCCCUGCAGCCCUUCGCAAUCGGUCCACAGCCGCGAUAGCAUCGCCUGCGCUGUCCAGCAGCAGUGCCAUGAUGCAGCGCGCCGCUCUCAUUGCCGAAGCACAGCAGCAGCAACAGCAUCUGGAACAGCAACAGCAGAGCAAACACGACCAGCAGUCCCAAGGGGACGGUGCUCAUCCCGGACCCGAAGCCACGCCGCCCAGUGAGCCCUUUAUAGACACUGAUGCUUCACGGCGCGAGAUUCAGUUUCCCUAUGACCCCAGCAGACCCAAUGAAUUUGAAGAGGUGAAGGCGUUUAUGGAGCGUCAACGCACCGAGUUUCUCUCUGGCGCCGGCCUCGAGGCGGAGGCCCCAUCCACCCGUGGGCCUCGCGCAGCCAUUGCACCACCGCCCAGUCUGGGUGGAACAACCGCUCCAGCUCAAACCAACACCAAUGCCAACGCUGGCGUGGCCAUUGCUCCGCCUUCCAGCCUCCAAAACACCACCUCAACGCGGCCCAAGGCUGCCAUCGCACCCCCCGCAAACCUACAAGCGCCACAAUUUGUGCCAGCCGCUCAACCAGGAGCUGCUGCCACCCCGUCCGGCGCCCCCGCAGCAAGCAAGCCCGCAUUGGAUAUAUCAGGAGAGGAGGCCUUUGCUAAGCGACAGGCUCUCUCGAUGUCUGGGGAAGAAGCCUUUGCCAAACGCCAAGCGUUGUCCAUGUCGGGUGAGGAAGCGUUUGCCAAGCGCCAGGCUCUGUCCAUGUCCGGGUCCCAAGCUUUUGCACACCGACAAACCUUGGGUGCAGCCCCCUCGGGAGGAACGGGCCCCACUCGCGUCGUUUUGCUUCAGAACAUGGUCGGUCCAGGAGAGGUGGACGGUGACUUGCAGCCAGAGACGGCCAACGAGUGUUCGCGGUUUGGGCAAGUGACCAAGUGCACUGUCUUUGAGUGUCCACGUGGUUCUGUCCGUGACGACCAAGCUGUUCGCAUUUUCGUCGAGUUUGCUGACCUACCGGCUGCAGCCCGGGCUCGCCAAGAAAUGCACGGUCGCUUCUUCGGAGGUCGGCAAGUCCGUGCAAGCUUCUUCGAUGCGGAUCGCUUCGCCCGCCAAGACCUAGCCCCCCGCGCCGGCGAACCCUAG